UUGAGAGUGAAUGGGUUGGGAGGGCUGACAGUGACCACAACCGUCGGUUGCGUAAACUCAGUGAUGGGACUCAAACUCAUAUCAGGGAUGGGUUUGAUAGUGAAGUCAAACCCAUUGUAUCGUUUGAUACCCGGGAAGAAGUCGUCGUCAUCGACGACGGGCUGCGGUCGACACCACACACCCCACGGACCAGACACUGUCCACACCACCAAUGCCUGCGCCAAACACAGCAAAUACAAUGACAUUUCAGGAAAAACUUGUUUGGCUAUGGGUUUAUUGCCUGCGGGAGAACAGCUUAAUUUCCAGGAUAGCCAGCGACACGCGGAACACAUCCGAAGACAAGGAAUUAAACAAUUUAUUAAUAUCUAUAACCGGAAUAAAGACCGAAUCGACCGAUGCUUCAAAUGGGGCGAUGAGAUGGAGUACACGAUCGUCCGCUUUGACCACAACAGCCAUAAGGUUAGACUUAGUCUUCGGUCCGAAGAGUUACUCCACAUUAUGUAUGAGAGGGAAGAGAGAGAAGGAAAGAACCAACGGGUGCUUUGGAGACAAGAGUCUGGCUCUUUCCAGAUCGAGGCCACACCCGGACAGCCGUACGGCUAUAAUAGUGACCUCAACGACAAGAAUUCAAUGAAUAAUCUGUUUAAUAACGUGGAGAACCAGAUGAGAGAACGACGUCUGGAUAUCCGGGGUUUGCUCCACGAAGACGAGGCAAUCCUAUGUCUGACAAAUUAUCCUAGGAUGGGAUGUACGGACACAACAGUGCCCAACACUAAACCCGAUCCGUUGAACAGUGUCUCCGGCAGUAUAUUCGUGUCGGACGAUCACAUCAGUCACUUAAACCAGAAGUACUUUAUUAUCGAAAAGUAUUUUAAUGAACGCGUCGGCCAUAAAGUGGCCAUAAAUGUGCCCAUUUUUAAGGACACCAAAACUCCCGACCCAUUCAUUGAGUUCUUCGGCCACAAGGAAGCGAUGAGAGCGGCAAAAGUGGACCACAUUUAUAUGGACUCAAAGAUUUUUGGCAACGGUUGCUCCUGCCUGCAGGUAACAAUGCAGGCGACGGACGUGAACGAGGCGUUCAUACUAUACGACCAGUUGGCGCCGUUAACCCCCAUAAUGAUGGCAUUGGGUGCGUCGACCCCUAUAUAUCGGGGCUAUUUGUCGGACAGAGACGGCCGAUGGGACGUCAUUGCGGACUCACUCGACGACCGCACCCCUGAGGAGAGGGGAGAGAAGCCGUUGAAACACAACAAAUACCGGAUCCAAAGGCCCCGGUAUUCAGCGAUAGGCGCCUAUCUGUGCGAAUCAAACCAAUCAUACAAUGACAGUCCGAUUGCCUAUAAUACAGAUUAUUACAAUGAGCUGAUCGGGUCUGGAGUGCCGUCACCGCUGGCCCAACACAUCGCCUAUUUAUUCAUAAGGGAUCCGAUCCUCAUAUCGAGUGAAAAACUGGAUCAAAACCCGGAGACAGAGUCCGAUCACUUCGAGGCCAUACAGGCGACAAACUGGCAGUCCCUGAGAGUGGAGUUCCGGCCGAUGGAGAUCCAGAUGACGGACGCCGAGAACGCGGCCUUCGCUGUCGUCACUAUAUUAUUGUCGAGAGUUAUAUUGAAAUAUAAACUCAAUUUCGUUAUCCCUAUCACUAAAAUUGAUGAAAACAUGUCAACCGCUCAGAAGAGGGAUUCAGUAAAUCGGUGUAAAUUCUGGUUUAGAAAAGACAUCUUCACCCCAAAUACACCGCUAUUUGUGAACGGCUUUAAUGAUAAUCACGUCAUAUAUGAUGUCGAGGAGGAAUCAUAUAUAGAGAUGUCCAUCAAUGAGAUAAUGAAUGGUUACGAUCAAGAAUUUCCGGGUUUAAUACCACUAAUAAAGGAUUAUGUAAACAGCAUAGCACUGGACGCCCAGACCUACGGUAAAGUUCAACAAUAUAUCCAAUUAAUUGCCGACAGAGCGUCGGGCAAACUCCCGACACCCGCCCAAUGGAUACGAGAUUUUGUCCGAAAACAUAAUACCUAUAAAUAUGAUUCUGUAGUCAAUGAGAACAUUACUUAUGAUUUGUUAAACACUUUAAAUCGUAUUCAAAAUGAAUGCCUAAGUGUUAAUGAAUUGGUUAAGAAUUAA